UACACAGCUAAACGACGAGAUUCCAUCCCCAACAGAUGGUCGCAAAUACCUCCUCAACAAUGCCUGAGCCUCUACAUGUACUUACACUGAACUGCUGGGGCCUCAAGUACCUUGCAGCGCAUCGCCAUGAACGACUUUCUCGAAUUGGCGCCGAGAUCGCAUCGUCCAGUCCCGCACCCGCAAUCGUAGCUCUCCAGGAAUGUUGGACGCAACAGGACUACAACAGCAUAAGAGAACAGACGAAAGACAUACUUCCGUAUGGAAAAUUCUACUUUAGUGGUAUCAUGGGCGGCGGCCUCGCCAUUCUUUCGAAAUGGCCAAUCGAGUCGAGCAACAUGUUCCGUUACACGCUAAAUGGAAGGCCAACCGCCUUCUUCAGAGGAGACUGGUUUGUUGGUAAAGGUGUCGCAUGUGCAAAGAUCCGUUUAAGUGAUGGCUUAGAGAAAGGGAGAUAUUUGUCUGUAUUCUGUACUCAUCUACAUGCUCCCUACGAGAAGGAGCCGAAUGAUUCAUACAUCUGCCAUCGGACUGCGCAAGCGUGGGAAAUAUCACGUCUCAUGCGUGACGCCUACGCAAAAGGCCAUAUCGUUCUUGCUAUGGGUGACUUCAACAUGCUACCCCUCUCAUUGGCUCACAAGAUUAUCGAGACCCAUGGCUGCGCUCAGGAUGUAUGGCGGUUACAUCACCCUGAUUCUUCAAUUGGCGCAGCUCAAGACGAGGUAGAGAAGGCUCGGGGAAAACCAAUGCCUAGUGCAGAAUUCAAUAUCCAGAAGAAUGGUGCGACGUGCGACAGCGUACUUAAUACAUGGCGGUGGAAUAAGCCCGAGCAGAAGCGUCUGUCAAGAGGAGAGAAUAUAAUCAUUGAUCCCUCAACAGAUGACCCCCGUGCUAAGCGACUGGACUACAUCUUUCUCGGCGAUGCCUUGCAGCGUACUGCCGUGAAAGAAGUCCGCGUAGGAAUGACACAGCGCCAUCCUCAACUCAACUGUUCGCUUAGCGACCACUUUUCUGUUGAAGCGACCAUUACUCAGCUAGAGGACGGCCUCGUCGACAAAGAAAUCGGUAACACAACACAUCGCCUGUUGUUCAGUGGCGGACUUGACGAACCCCGAUAUCUGUCCGUGCAAACCUAUGACUCGAUACUGGCCAUGAUACACAAGUAUGUUGCUCGCGAGCGUCGGCAGAGACGGCUGCGUCUGUUUCACUUCGCCGCAGAAACGAUUGUAGCGAUCGGCUGCUUUAUUGCAGUCUGGUGGAGCCCGAGAAACUUCGUUAGCUUCAUACUCAUGGUUCUUAGCACAUUAGGAUUCGCCGCUGGCAUGAUAGAUGGCAUGAUUGGAGGAUUCUUUGUUAGCAGUGAGCUGAGGGCUCUCAAAGAGUUUGAAUGGGAGAUCCGAAAUACGAGGGAGGCUGCUAUAGAGCACGAAAAGGCAUGAAACGGAGAAUUGCUUGUUAGAAACAAGCUGAUAUUACGAAGGAAUAUGGUAUGAGAGAAAACUGUUUGUGAGAGGAGGUGGGGCAGGAUGUUACAGAAGAUACCAUGCUGUGGACAAUACCACGGAAGCUUAAAAUACGGUGUUAGGAAACAAGCCUGAAAGAGACUCUCUGUUCGUAUUACUUGAGCAAUAGGUCGACUAAGCGUUCUUAGGGGUUUGCAUGCAGAAGACUUCCCUCGAGGGUAUUGACACAAAUAGCGGCAAAUGUAUGUAUCAUGAGACACAACAUCACGAGUCGGUGCCCCAGCGCCACUAGGAGUAAGCAAAAUGUGAGGAGCUCUGAU